AUGACCGACGGCAAGCUGCUGGAAACCAGCUUCGACACGCCCAGCGACUCGGACAUCACUGCAAUGGUGGAGAAGGCCAUAUUUGGCCUGCUGAUUCCACUGACUUGGACUCUUUCGCCCGACACUCACAAGGCUGUGGUGGUUGAUUCGCAGUCAACAUGCGACACAUCCAACCCACUCUCCUCCUACAUCUCCAGCAGCGUGGCCAAUUCGGGAUACGUGUGCUACAAUAACAACAUCUACUAUCUCGUGGAUGUGGUGAGCCUCGAUCGGUACUGUCAGUCGAACUCCCAGGAUGGUCAGCUCUGUCGCGAUCCGACCGUGAACAAACUUCCAGGGAUUGGGGAGUUGGAUGGAAGCAGCUGGGGAGGAAUCACUGUUGAGGAUUUGGUCGUUGGGAACUGA